CCUUUGUUUCCAAUGAUGCCUGGGAAGAUGGCUUUGUGGAUCUCCAAAGGCCUCUGGACAGCAGCUGAAAUCAUGAUCCUGGUGGUCCUAAAUUUCCCAGUGGCUGAGGGCAGAGAUUCUCCACAGGAUUUCGUGUUCCAGUUUAAGGGCGAGUGCUACUUCACCAACGGGACGAAGCGGGUGCGGCUCCUGGAUAGAUUAAUCUAUAACAGGGAGGAAGUCCUGCGCUUCGACAGCAACGUGGGGGAGUACCAGGCGGUGACAGAGGUGGGGCGGUCUAUCGCCCAGUCCUGGAACAGACAAAAGGAUGUCGUGGAGCGGGCGCGGGCGGAGGUGGACACAGUUUGCAGACAAAACUACCAGAUGGAGAAGAGUUCUACCUUGCAGAGGCUAGUGGAACCUACAGUGACCAUCUCCCCAUCCAGGACGGAGGUUCUGAACCACCACAACAUGCUGGUCUGCUCGGUGACAGAUUUCUACCCAGGCCAGAUCAAAGUUCAGUGGUUUCGGAAUGACCAGGAGGAGAAAGCUGGUGUGGUGUCCACUCCACUUAUUAGGAAUGGGGACUGGACCUUCCAGAUCCUUGUGAUGCUGGAAAUGACUCCCCAGCGAGGAGAUGUCUACACCUGCCAUGUGGAGCACCCUAGCCUCCAGAGCCCCAUCACAGUGGAGUGGUGGGCACAGUCGGAAUCUGCCCAGAGCAAAACGCUGAGUGGCAUCGGAGGCUUUGUGCUGGGGCUGAUCUUCCUCGGUCUGGGCCUUAUCGUCCGUCACAGGAGCCAGAAAGGACCUCGUGGGUCUCCACCAACAGAGCUCCUGCACUGACGCCGGAGGAUACCUGGCAUUCUGCCUUCUGUGUUGUCUUCCUAUCCUUCCCCAGAAUUCCCAGCUGCCUCACACCCUGUCGCCCAUGUGGAUCAGAAUCCUACAGUGCCUCUGACAGAGUCACCAGGUCACCUCCUGUGACCCCUGCCCUGAGGAUCUGACUGUGGUGCUGCUUCCUGCACUGGCCUCGGAGCCUCUGCCUGUGAGCUCCCUGCCAG